CAUCGUUGUAGUUUCGGCUAUUAUAAAUGGUUUUUUAUUAGUCUCAAGUUCUUCCCACAUUUUCUUUUCCUUUCGUUACCAGCAGUCUUAGCAUCAAAUUUCUUGGCUUUUCGGGUACCCCGUUGGCGUUCCAAAUAAAAAGUGGCUUGAUCAGGAUAGAUUAAGCUUUUCAAAACUAUCACAAGUUCCUCCCUGUCCCAAUGGCCGACUCACGCCUCUUCAAGCCCCUUGCUGUGGGCAAGGUUGUGCUAAAGCAGCGCAUCGGGAUGUGUCCCUUGACCCGCUUUCGCGCGUCCGACGAGAAAGUCCCGACGCCCGUCAUGAAGGAAUACUACACCCAACGGGGUUCGGUACCGGGAACCCUGAUCGUCACCGAAGGCACGUUUAUCUCGGAGGCCCAGUCUGGGUUUGACAACGUCCCCGGUAUCUACAACGACGCGCAGGUAGCUGCCUGGCGGGACAUCACCGACGCAGUGCAUGCCAAGGGCAGCUACAUCUUCUGCCAGCUCUGGGCUCUCGGCCGGGCCGCCAACCCCGAGGUCGCCGCGCGGGAGGGCAUCACCAUUUCGAGCUCGAGCACCAUCCCCAUCGACGACACCUCGGCUGUGCCGACAGCCAUGACGGUUGAGCAGAUCCAGCAGACGGUGCGGGACUACGCGACGGCGGCGGAGAAUGCCGUCAGGGCCGGGUUCGACGGCGUCGAGAUCCACGGCGCCAACGGCUACCUGGUCGACCAGUUCACGCAGGACACGUGCAACGACCGCACCGACGAGUACGGCGGCAGCGUGGAGGCGCGGUCGCGGUUCGCCGUCGAGGUCGUCGCCGCCGUCGUCGCGGCCAUCGGCCCCGAGAGGACCGGCAUCCGCCUCAGCCCCUGGGGCAGGUUCCAGUCCAUGAGGAUGGCGGACCCCGUGCAACAGUUCACCGACGUCAUCAGCAAGAUUGCCCCGUUCGGCAUCGCGUUUCUGCACCUGGUUGAGUCGUACGUCGACGGCAGCCAGGAUGUCGAGAGCUCUGACAAGCUGGACUUUGCGUAUAACCUCUGGAACGGCCCGCUGCUCGUCGCCGGCGGGCACAAUGCCGCUUCAGCACGGAAGCUUGUGGAUGAGCAGUAUCCCAAUAAAGACAUUGUGGUUAUGUUUGGCAGGUAUUUCAUCUCGAAUCCUGAUCUACCGUUUCGCAUUCGGGCAGGGUUGGAUUUGAACCCCUAUCUACGGGAAACGUUCUACAUCCCGAAGUCAUUGGAAGGCUAUACGGACUAUCCAUUCAGCAAGGAGUUUCUUCUUCAGAGCGCAACGCAAUUGGCUUAGCCUUUGGUAUUAGACAUCAUUAUAGGAUUAGAAAGGCGUUAAAAGGAAUUGAGGCAUUUGAGGUUGGUCGUUCAUCCAGUUCUCGUUCUAUAUAUGAAUACUACCAAAAGACUACUCCAUAGUAGUAGCCCUAUGUUACUGACUAUCCAAAAAAUAUGUUGAGAUAUUUAACGUUGCUCUUGCGCCUGGGUAUCUGAGCAGGACACUGCCAUUGUGAUUGCGUGCUUCGGUACGUCUUUAUGGCUCAUUGGGUCCAACAUAAGAAGGAGCUGCACCCAGAGGCACC